AUGAUGAAUAGAUUAUCACAAAUCAAAUGUUGUAAAAGAUUAUCAUCUUCAUCUACUUCUUCUUCAUUGUUUCAACAAAAUUCUACUACUACAAGAUAUCAUUACAGCAAGACUUCAUCAUCAUCAUCAACAGAUCAAUCAGUAGAUCAAGGAGCUAAAUCAUUUAUAGAAUCAUUAAAUGAUCAUAGAGCAGAAGGAAAAGGAAAAGAACUUAGUAUAGCAAUUGAUAGAAGUGGUUUAGCUAAAUUCCCAACUUCAGUUCAUACACAUGAAAAGAAGAAACCAAUUACAGAGUUUGAAAAGUACUUGCAAUCGAUUGCACAGGUUAGAGGUCCAUUCCCAGUAGACACGUUGAUGAAGGAAUGUUUGACCAACCCAAAGUAUGGAUACUAUAUGAACAGAGAUGUAUUUGGUAGAGGAGGUGACUUUAUCACUGCACCAGAGAUAUCUCAAUUGUUUGGUGAAAUGUUGGGUAUCUGGUGUGUUGCUACUUGGGAGUCUAUGGGUAAACCAUCAAAGUUACAAAUCGUUGAAUGUGGUCCUGGUAGAGGUACAUUAAUGCAUGAUAUUUUAAGAUCAACAAAAGUAUUUAAAGAUUUCUAUCAAUCAAUUGAAGUUCAUAUGGUAGAAGUUAGUACACAUUUGAAAAGUAUGCAAAAGACAAGACUACUUUACUAUAGAGACGACAAACCAGAGGCAUCACAAGGAAAGUCACCAGAAGGUAUCAAUAUUACUUGGCAUCAAUCGAUUGACACGGUUCCAAACGGACCGACACUCUACAUUGGUCAAGAGUUUCUCGAUGCUCUUCCCAUCAACGUAUUCCAAUUCACAAAGGCAAAGGGAUGGUGUGAGGUGAUGGUAGACGAAGAUAUUUCAAAGGAUGGACCACACCACCUAAGAUUUGUUCUGUCCAAUGGACCAACUGCCAUGACCAAGGCCGUUCAAUAUCUCUUGCCAGAGUUUGGUGUCGAGGGGUACACGGUCGAACUUGGUGUUGCCGGGUUAGGCAUUUCACAAAAGAUUGCACUUCGUAUUGCCGAGCAUUCAGGUGCCGCCUUGUUUAUCGAUUAUGGCAAGGACAAAAUACUCAACAACUCACUACAAGCCAUUCGUAAUCACAAGUUUGUAGAUAUUCUCGAUAAACCAGGAUCUGCAGAUUUAAGUACUUGGGUUGAUUUUUCUGCUAUUCGUAAAUGUAUUAAGCAUCUAAAAAAAGAUGUAACAUCGGUUGGACCAGUUGAUCAAGGAAUAUUUUUAAAAGAGAUGGGAGCAGAACAUAGAUUACAAAGAUUGGUUGGCAAGAUUGAUGAAAAAUCAAAGAUUGAAGAGUUGGCCAAAUCCUAUCACAAAUUGGUCAGUCCUGAUGAAAUGGGUACAACCUACAAGGUCAUUACCAUUUUAGAUAAGAAAUUGGAACCAGUAGGAUUUGCAACAGCCAAAUCUUAUGAUGAUGAAGAAUUAAUGUUGGGUUAA